UUCCUGGAGUUGGUCUCCGCCCCACUGUCCCUUCCCGGUCUCCAGCUACUCCUCAGCGUCCUGUCGCCUGUAGGGGCUUGCGGGGGAGGCCAGGACCCCGCGGUGCGCCCACCUGUGCGCCCAUCAACGCGCGGGCCCCACCCAGGGUUUCCCCACCUGGGUGGCGAGGGGCGAGCUGCGUGGUGAGCAAUCCCGGAAGCCCCGCCCAAGCGCUCGGUCUCGGUCUUGGUCUGGGUCUCCUUCUCGGUCUCCGUCCUGAGUCCCGCAGCCGCCGCCACCCGCGCGUAAAGCUGGGGAGGGCGUUUCCCAGCCCAGGAAACGGACGCCGAUCGCGAGCCCGCCCCGUGCCAGCUCCGGUCUCCAAGUAGAUGUUCCCCCUUCCUCAGACGGAGUGCAGGGAGCCGGCCGCCUGUCUGAGCUCAGCCUCCGCACUGGCCGUGGGCCCCGGCUUUCAGGACGACGUGGAAGGAGAAUGCUCCAGAAUAGCAGCGGCCCAGCGGCCGGAGCUCUGUGGAGUGGGCGAGCCCGUCGCCAUGUUCUCCUCGGACAGCUCCUGCCUGUCCUCUCGAGGCAGAGUCAUCAAGUGGUUCUGGGACUUGGCUGAGGAGGGCUACCGGACCUACCACACGGACGCCUACGAUGAGGACAAGAACCCCAGUGGCAUCAUUAACUUGGGCACCAGCGAGAACAAGCUCUGCUUUGACCUGCUGUCCAGGCGGCUGACUCAGAGUGACAUGCUGUGGGUGGAGCCGUCCCUGCUGCAGUACCCUGACUGGAGGGGACACCUGUUCCUUCGGGAGGAAGUGGCUAAGUUCCUGUCUUUCUACUGCAAGAGCCCAGCCCCCCUCAAACCAGAGAAUGUGGUGGUCCUGAACGGCUGUGCCUCUGUCUUCUCCGCUCUGGCCACGGUGCUGUGUGAGGUGGGGGAGGCUUUCCUGAUCCCCACCCCGUACUAUGGGGCCAUCACACAGCACGUCUAUCUCUACGGCAACGUCCGGCUGGCCUAUGUCUAUCUGGACAGUGAGGUCACUGGGCUGGACACACGCCCCUUCCAGCUCACAGUGGCCAAGCUGGAGAAGGCCCUGCAAGGAGCGAAUUCUGAGGGUGUCAAGGUCAAAGGCCUCAUCCUCAUCAACCCCCAGAAUCCUCUGGGUGACAUCUACUCCCCAGGAGAGCUGCAGGAGUUCCUGGGAUUUGCCAAGAGGCACAAGCUGCACGUGAUUGUGGAUGAGGUCUACAUGCUGUCCGUGUUCGAGGCCUCGCUCGGGUACCGCAGCGUCCUGAGCCUGGACAGGCUGCCCGACCCCCAGAGGACCCAUGUACUGUGGGCCACCAGCAAGGACUUCGGGAUGUCUGGGCUCCGCUUUGGCACGCUGUACACAGAAAACCAGGAGGUGGCCACCGCCGUGGCUUCCCUCUGUCGCUAUCAUGGCCUCAGUGGCCUGGUCCAGUACCAGAUGGCACAGCUGCUCCGGGACCGUGACUGGAUCAACCAGGUGUACCUAGUGGAGAACCAUGCCCGGCUCAAGGCUGCCCACGCCUAUGUCUCCGCAGAGCUCAGGGCCCUGGGGAUCCCCUUCCUGAGUCGGGGGGCAGGCUUCUUCAUCUGGCUUGACCUGAGGAAGUACCUGAGUGAGGACACCUUUGAGGAGGAGAUGCAACUCUGGCGCCGCUUUUUAGACAAUAAGGUGCUGCUGUCCUUCGGCAAGGCCUUCGAGUGUAAGGAGCCCGGCUGGUUCCGCCUGGUCUUCUCGGACAAGCCCCACCGGCUUCGCCUGGGGAUGCAGAGGGUUCGGCAGGUGCUUGAGGGCAAAUCCCAGCUGGCGGAGGAAGGCCCCCCCUGCCAGGCCCAGCGCAGAUGAGCUGGUGCUUGUCUGGGUGGCAGCAGGAGACUCCUUCAGCUGAGCUUCGUCUUGGGCCAUCACUGUCCCCUACUAAACAAAACGGACCAGCUAGAUGUCUCUGUCAGGAGUCAUUUGCAGACCAGGGGAGUGGCGAGGGACCCUGGCCACAGCCCGCAGCUUGCAGAGGACGAGAAGACUGACAAGCCACCAGGACCUUCCUUACGAUGGCUCCUUCAUGCUUCUUUGUUGCCAGGGAAACCAGCCAGAGGAAUGCCAAAAAAAUAAAAAGAAGUGAUAACGUUCCAGGAAGAUUGGAAUGAAUUC